AUGGCCACAUCCGCCCCCAAGGUCCGCGUUGGGGUGGCAGUCUUUGUGCUGGCCUCGAAGAACGAAGACCGGGAGAACCCGCGCUUUCUCGUCGGUCGACGCAAGGGCUCUCACGGUGCUGGCACAAUGGCCCUUCCAGGCGGCCAUCUAGAGUUUGGCGAGGGGACCGAGGAAUGCGCCACCCGCGAGCUGCUUGAGGAGACUGGGCUUAAAGUUGCUAACAUCCGGUUUUUGACCGCCACUAAUGACUACAUGCCCAAUGACAAUAAGCACUACAUUACUUUAUUUCACGUCUGCGUCCGGGAGAAGAACGGCGAUGAGCCCCAGCUACUGGAGCCGGAUAAAUGCGAGUCGUGGGAGUGGAUUGCCUGGAAGGAUUUGCUGGGCUGGAUUCAAAACACGAGCGGCGAAGACGACGGUUUAAAGCACACAGUCUUUCUUCCACUCAUAAACCUUGUGAAGCAGAGACCAGGCGUCCGCCCAACUGAUGUCUAG